AAAAAGUUUUUAACUGUUGUGUUGGUCACAUUGGGCAGUCGUUUGUUUGGUGGGAAAAUAAACUAAUUUUCAAAGUUAUUGUUUUAUAAGUAAAGCAGUCAAAACGAAGCUGAAAGUUGAGGUGUGCGGAAGUUAUCUAAAAAAUAAUUCAUUAUGCAUGAGCCACUUUUUGAUAUAUUUGGCACAACACAUCGCGAGCCUACCUUGAUGAACCGGCAAAUAACUGAUAAUUUAAAAGGAAAUGACUUGAUGGACUUGAAAGCAGUUGGCUCCAAGAGCAUGCAGAAGAAAGCUUUGGUGGAUGUGAAGAAUACCCUGGGGUCGGCACCGCUAACAGACAACCGUGGCGGACCCUUGAAGUCAAGUUCCUUAUCAACGCCAGUAUUUAACAAGGCAAAGGUUACACCCUUCAAAAGUCCUGCUCUCAAGCCCACAGCCGGAAAAAAAGUGCAGUCGAAAUCGGACAGCAGUGAUCCAUUCGUCUUCUCAGAGCCAACCUCCAAAACAUUCUUAUCUGAAGGUGGCUAUGGCAUCCCUAAUAUGACUGUGGAUAUGGCAUCUUUAGCCUUUGAAGAUGAAGAUCGGUACGAAGACUUGAUGACAGAAAGUCAGCAUUAUACCAGUGAACAAAUCCACAAGUUGGUUAAUUUCUGGGAGCUUACCCAAUCACCAUCAGAGUCAAACAUUUCUCCAAAGGAACCAAUGACUCUUUCUGCACCAGAGCUGGAAGUUCCCGAAUUGAGCAUGAUGGUUCUACCCCCCAUCAAGGUGCAGCCCAUACCUCCGCCAUCUUUCCAUAUCUGGGAGGACGAGGAUGAAGCAGAUUAGCUCCAAGUGUAGUUCUCUGUGUUGUGUGUACUGGCAGGAACAUUUGAGUUUUACAACAUUUUUUACCAUACAUAUUUUUAUAAUAGUCACUUUUAAAAUUGGAAGUAUUUUUUAAAUGUUAAUUAAAACGUACAUCUUGGCUGUUUUUAGUGUAAAUUAAGUUCACACGUGCUUCACAAGCAAGUUUUGAAAUGAAAAUAUAUUCUUUGUAAGUGUGUUCAAUUGUUUGGCAAAUAUGUAAGACUGAACAGUAUUUGUAAUAUAAGGUAAUCUUAAUGUAUGGUGUUGGAAUGAAUGUGCCUAUAUAGAAAAUAAAUAAACUACCAUAGUU